UUCAGACUCUGCAUCUCUCCAUUUUUCUCUUAGAAUCAUGAUUCCGGUAACGGAAUUCCGACAGUUUUCUGAGCAGCAGCCGGCAUUCAGAGUUCUGAAGCCGUGGUGGGAUGUGUUUACCGAUUACCUCUCAGUAGCCAUGCUGAUGAUUGGAGUGUUUGGAUGUACCUUACAGGUCAUGCAAGACAAGAUCAUCUGCCUUCCAAAAAGAGUCCCGCCUUCUCAGAACCACUCUUCGGUCCCCAAUGCCUCUCACGCCGUCGUAAGCACAACGGCCUUGCCGCCCCCUAAGCCCUCCACCAGUCCGGUCACCGUGGAAAUGAAGGGCUUGAAGACCGAUCUGGACCUCCAGCAGUAUAGCUUCAUAAACCAAAUGUGUUACGAACGGGCCUUACAUUGGUAUGCAAAGUACUUUCCCUAUCUUGUGCUCAUACAUACCCUCAUCUUCAUGCUCUGUAGUAACUUCUGGUUCAAAUUCCCCGGCUCCAGCUCCAAAAUCGAACACUUCAUUUCAAUCCUCGGGAAGUGUUUCGACUCCCCCUGGACCACGAGGGCCUUAUCGGAGGUGUCCGGGGAAGACUCGGAAGAAAAGGAUAACAGGAAGAACAACAUGAACAGGGCCAUCCCCGCCCCUCCGGCCGCAGAAGGCACCUUGGUGAAGAGUCAGUCGUUAAAAUCGAUCCCGGAGAAGUUUGUUGUGGAUAAGGCGACAGCGGGGGCUCUGGAUAAGAAAGAAGGGGAACAGGCCAAAGCGUUGUUUGAAAAGGUCAAGAAGUUCCGGCUGCACGUCGAGGAAGGUGACAUCCUUUACGCCAUGUACGUUCGCCAGACUGUCCUUAAGGUUAUCAAAUUCCUGAUCAUUAUUGCGUAUAACAGCGCACUGGUCUCCGAAGUCCAGUUUACUGUAGACUGCAAUGUUGACAUUCAAGACAUGACGGGCUAUAAACAUUUCUCCUGCAACCACACCAUGGCCCACUUGUUUUCGAAACUCUCCUUCUGCUACUUGUGCUUCGUGAGCAUCUACGGGUUCACGUGCCUUUAUACCCUAUAUUGGCUCUUCUACCGUUCCCUGAAGGAAUAUUCCUUUGAGUACGUCCGGCAGGAGACGGGAAUUGACGAUAUUCCCGACGUCAAGAACGACUUCGCGUUCAUGCUUCAUAUGAUCGACCAGUACGAUCCUCUUUAUUCCAAGAGAUUUGCCGUGUUCCUGUCCGAGGUCAGUGAAAACAAACUGAAACAGUUGAACUUAAAUAAUGAAUGGACUGCAGAUAAACUGAGGCAGAAGCUGCAGAUGAACGCCCAGAACCGGCUGGAGUUGCCGCUGAUCAUGCUGUCCGGCCUCCCGGACACGGUUUUUGAAAUUACGGAACUGCAGUCCUUAAAACUGGAAAUCAUUAAGAACGUAAUGAUCCCAGCCACCAUCGCUCAACUGGACAAUCUCCAAGAGCUCUCUCUGCACCAGUGCUCUGUGAAAAUCCACAGCGCAGCCCUGUCCUUCCUGAAGGAAAACCUGAAGAUCCUGAGCGUCAAGUUUGACGACAUCCGGGAGCUGCCCCCUUGGCUGUACGGCCUCCGGAACCUGGAGGAGCUGUACUUAAUCGGCUCGCUGAGUCACGAUAUCGCCAAGAACAUUACGCUCGAGUCUCUGCGGGAUCUGAAGAGCCUGAAAGUUCUCUUCAUCAAGAGCAACGUGUCCAAAAUCCCUCAGUCGGUAGUUGACGUCUCCAGCCACCUUCAGAGGAUGUGCAUCCACAACGACGGCACCAAGCUGGUCAUGCUGAACAACCUGAAGAAGAUGGUUAAUUUGACCGAGUUGGAGUUGGUCCACUGUGAUCUGGAGCGCAUCCCCCAUGCCGUCUUCAGCCUCCUCAGCCUUCAGGAGUUGGACUUAAAGGAAAACAACCUCAAAUCCAUCGAGGAGAUCGUGAGUUUCCAGCACCUGCGGAAACUGACCAUCCUGAAGCUCUGGCACAACAGCAUCACCUAUAUCCCGGAGCACAUCAAAAAGCUCACGAGCCUGGAGCGGCUCUCCUUCAGUCACAAUAAAAUCGAGGUGCUCCCUUCCCACCUCUUCCUAUGCAACAAAAUCCGCUAUCUAGAUCUGUCCUACAAUGACAUUCGAUUUAUCCCACCGGAAAUAGGCGUGCUGCAGAGCCUGCAGUAUUUUUCCAUCACUUGCAACAAGGUGGAGAGCAUCCCGGACGAACUGUACUUCUGCAAGAAGCUGAAGACGCUGAAGAUCGCGAAAAACAGCCUAUCCGUCCUCUCCCCAAAGAUCGCCAACCUGCUGUUCCUCUCGUACUUGGAUGUGAAAGGCAAUCACUUGGAGAUCCUGCCACCGGAACUCGGCGACUGUAGGGCUCUGAAGCGGGUUGGCUUGAUCGUAGAGGAUGCUCUGUUUGAAACUCUACCUUCUGAUGUCAGGGAGCAAAUGAAAGCCGAAUAACUCCUUUGCCUCAAAGCAUCGCCGAAAAGUGCUUCUACCAAAUACAGUAUAAAUAAGGAGGGAGUCUGAAUGCCUUUAACGUUUUCUUUUCUUUUUUGUUCUUUCCUUUUUCACACAAGACAAAAUGUACAGACUGAUUUAGAGUAAGGAGUACCUAUAUUUUUAAAUAAAAAAGUUUACUUGUAUUUUUUCAGUGUUAAAAUUUUAAAAUUUUAUUUGUCCUGCACACUAAUGUUUCCUUAGUAUUGUUUUCUACUGGCAAGAACAGGUGAGUUCUGUCUUCUGUUUUUUCAGUUCUGCUUGCUUUGGUGAAAGGGAGCUGGUUUCGAAUUACUUGCCUCAGUUUUGGUUUUAGUAGGGGAAGAUAUCGGUCAGUCAAUCGUAUUUAUUGAGCGCUUACUGUGUGCAGGGCACUGUACUAAGCGUUUGGGAGAGUACAACACAACGAGAAAAAACAGACACACUCCCUGCCCACAACGAGCUUACUGUCUAGAAGAUAUUCAUUGCCAAGCAGCUGCAGAAGAUCUUUUUGUUAUUUUUCCCUGCAUAUGGAAUAAGCAGUCUUGUGGGGAAUCUGGAUUUUCUCCUUCAUGUGCUUUCUUGUCCUUUGGGGACCCUCAAAUCCCUUCUUCCACCCAAAAACUCCUCCCCUUCUUCCCCGCCAAUACCCCCCCCCCCCAGCUAAAUUGCUUCACAUUCAAGGCUUCGAGUGGCCCUGGGCGGCUAAUCAUUUGCAAAGAAAAAAAACUGUUUUUCACCAUUAGGUUUGGCCAACUUAGAUUUUCACCUUCUGCCAUAGUUUUCUCAGAAGCCAAAUGUAAAAGAGAAGUCCUUAGUGCAUUUGGUUUUCUUUCAUAUCACUACACUGUUAUUCUCCUGAAAGAUGUUAGUGAGUCUCUAUUUGUUUUAAUUUUCUAGAUGGUAAUUUGAUUUAAAAUCAUGAAACUAGAAGCCUGUUUUUUCAAUAAUUCAAUCAACUGUGAUAUCUUGAUAGGAGGGUGCAUUGGACUGGAAAAUUUAACUACUAAAACUAUGUUACAUAUCUGGUGGACUGUACUAUAAUGCCUCUUCCUUCCUUCUGGACAGCAGGCCAGUUGUAACCUCUUUUGAUUUGCCUGUGUUCAAAAGUAAAUUAAAGAUUAGCAAAAUGAUUAUUUUCUAUUAAUGCUUCUCCCUGCAAGUCCCUCUUCAUGUGGUCCUCUGGUGUCAUGAUGCAGGACUGGAAACUAAAUUUCUGAGUUAAACUCAAAAUGAGGAUCAUCUUCAAGUAAUUCUGUGGUUGCUGUUUUAAAAAGGUGGAAUAAUUGCUCAUUGGCCUCUGUCACCUGGCGGUAGAUUGUGCUUGUUUGGAAAUACCGACUGAUGCCAAGUGAGGUCAGACCAAUAGCAGUGGCCUCCAACCCAGCGAUUCGCCAAUCAAUCAGGUUAUUGAGUGCUUGCUCUGUUCAGAGCAUUGCACCAAACGCUUAGGAGAGUACAGUAGAGGCUCAUACCAAAAGAUGGCUAGAGGAAGAAUUUGAUCAUCGCCCUUCUUAGCACUCAUUCUCAAGGUUAGGGACGUGCCUUUCGUUUGCGAAGAUGAUGGCAAAAUUUACCUCUGGGGGGGAAGGGUGUGGUCGAAGAGAACUGAAGAAUCCUCACUUUUCCCGCCAAGCUUUUGUUCUUUACGAUUCAAGCAAGUUUGGGGCCGAGGUGCAAAAAGGCUGUGAUUGCCGGAACUGUGGAAUGAGGAGAAAAUACGAUGCUGUGAUUGGCCUUUAAUACGUGGCUCGCUAUUGGAUCCAAGCUGCCUUCUUGCCUUACUACCAACUUGACAUACACUGUACUUUUUGCACUGAGCACUGGGCUAUGUUCUUUGUGAUGUAGGUUUUAGUAAGAGGGUGAGGAGAUUGCUGGCAUCAAAGUACCACAUUAAAAAAAAGAAUGGCCAAUGUGACAAAAAGCUCGGUAACUCGAGGGGAGCUCUUUCAAAAGCUGCUUUUAUUUAUAUACGGAAUGCAUUUAUAGGAACUGCUCAGCAGAAAUAUGUACUCCAAUUGUGCUUCAAAUAUGGUGCCACACUGGGGAGAAAUUUUCCAUUGCUCUACUAAUCCAAUUAUGUUAAACCAAAGUGCUGCAUAGUUCUUGCUAAAUGUAAAUGGUUUAGAAGGGGGAAUGUGUACAGCUAACUUAUUUAGACAUGAAGUUGAUCUAGGGGUUAAAAAACCCAAAUGUUUGAGAUAGUAUUAUGUUUACAUUUUUUUCCUGUUAGACGUUUCACUUCCAGAGCGAUGUUGUGGGUUCUAGCUACACUGGCUUUGAAUAACGCACUGUACUUAGACGCAUAGAAUUGGUCGUUUGAAUUUUUAGGGCUGUUGGCCGGAUUGCCAUUUCAGUACUGAGUACAGAAUAAUUGUUCCUCCACUGAAAGGUAAGGCCUGGACUAGAUAACGGCUUUUUUUUUACCUGGAUAAAAUUUAGAGCUAUUCUACUAUAACAUUAGAUUGUGAGCCUCCCCAAGGGACAGGGAUGGAGUCAAAUUCCCAUCUGUGUAUUUUUCCCAGCGCUCAGUACAGUACUAGGCACACAGUAAGCGCGCUUAAUAAAUACUACUGUAACUAUUACAAACAUCCCUAAAAAGGAUGCUGUCAGAUUAAAAGCCGUAUUUGAAUGAUCCUACAUCCAGUGUAAUUGGAAAUAUUGUUUGGCAUUGAAAUAGAAACAAGUUCCACAGUAGUUUGCUUUUCACUUUUUAUUGUGUUUUGGUUGAAAUUAAAUGCCAAAUUUGGGUUCUUUUGAUUCUCUGUUUCAGUCUCUGAUAUACCUGUGCUAGCCCAGUGCAUUAAAAAAAAAUCUAGUUUUUAAAACGAAGUUUCCACUGUGAUUUAAAACAAAUCAUAAAGAUAUUUCUAUUGGAUUUUGUAAAACAAAACAAACAAAAAUCCUCCAAACCUGCAUCCUGAGUCCAAAUUUCCUGACUCCGUCUCUUUUUAAUAUUCUAGUUUUCAGUCCACAUUCAUGAAUGAAAAAUAUUUCUGGUUACUGUUUAACCUUUAUUAGGGAAACUCAGGUAAAUGAAUUGCUGGCUUUUUAAAAGUCAUUUUACUAAUCUUGACUCAGUCUGUGGGGUGUAUUUAUAUAUCCAUAUUCAAUGCUCUUUUUCAAAAGGCAUUGACAAUGACUGUGUUUCUCCUCUUUAGGAUUCAUAGGAGACCGCAUAUGUAAGCGUGAAUGCACUGUAUUUACUCAGCCAUUUAUUUAAUCUGUACAUAUUAGCCUGUCACAGAAAAUGGGGAACAUUUUAUGUCAAUUGUAGUAAUCUGUUGAAACAAAAGAAUUGUUUUCAGUGAAGAUAGUGAGGUUAGUAAGGGACAUGUCUUUGCAGUUUCAUUCCAACUUAAUGUGGAGACCCUCCUAUGUUCCUUAGAAAAAUGGUCUUUUUAGCAGGUGGCCUAAUUAUUCAGGAUCUUGAUAGUCUAAAACUCAGUGGGAAGAAAAUUCUGCUUUUUAGAGAGACAUCCUACCCGGAGAGGGGAUUUCCUAAAGCAGGUGAAAUGAAUAUCACACCUAUUGAAUAUUGAACAUUCCAUUGAUUUGAGCAAAGUGUGCAAAGUGUAUUACCUCAUUGACAAUUUACCGACAAUAUCAAAUGGUCAGAGCAGGUAUCACAAAUUGCUGGUGAAAGAUUUAAAAAAAAAAUUUUCUGGUGAAUAUCUUUAAUCAAUCAAUAGUAUUAUUGAGCGCUUACUAUGUGCAGAGCCCUGUAAAAACGCUUGGGAGAGUACCAUGCAACAGAAUUAGCAGACACGUUCCCUGCCCUUAACGAGUUUACAGUCUAAAUAUGAGAUGCAGUGUUGGCAGAAGGACCUCGGUAAAUCAGAUUAAUGGUUCAUGAUGGGACUGCCAAAUUGGCUCAAGAAAGCAAUCAAAUAAAUGAAUUCCUGAGAGGUUGGGGCCCCUGAGGACCUUAGACUGGAUAGAUGGUGGUGGCCUCAGGGACCCAAAACCCCAUAGCCAGAAACCCCAGACUCAUCGCAGUAGAGGUCCUUGAGCACCGAGCUUAUGCCUCAGUGUCAUGGACCAAGAAUGCAUUAAACUCUCCCACAAGGCCAUCUUACCCAAAGGAACAGCCUGGUGGGCCCCGUUUCCUGAUUUUCCCAGUGUGGCUGAGGGACAGAAGUACUUUAUACAUAAGUAACUUUGCACACAAUAAUGAUGGUUUGAACUGAGGACUCGAGCCCAGAAAUACAAUUAUUUUGGUUUUAUUUCGUUGCAAAUUUAAGGGUUGGGUGAUUAAUCGAGUGUGAGUCGGAUCAUUCCAUUCACGGUUCUCUUCCCUCUCCAUGCCCCCAAUCUCAGCUGUUAAUGAGUAUUUUUGUUGUUUAAAUGCUGUGUUUAUGCCUUGGUUCUUCCCAUGAAAAGUGCUCAAUGAAGCCACCAUGUUGUCUCUCAUUUAUCAUCACAGAAUGUGCUGACUGUGACAAGAUCUGUAAGGAUGUCAAGCAAAAGUAUGAAAUUUGACCUGAUGGACAAUAUCCAAACCUAUGGCAAAAAGACUUUAAUGUGAUCUGCCAUGUAGUAUUAUAUUACAGUACAGUACAGUACAAAGUGAGUUAAAUAAAAUCACUUUUGUAAAUUUGAAA